AGCAACAAAUGUUAAAUUUGACAAGAUUCAAAGAUGAAUUAAUGUGAAGAUUUGGUAGUUAGGAAGAUAAUUCUUCAUUGGUACAAAAGUCAAGAUAACAUCUUUUGUAGGUGAAAUUUAGGUGAACCAUAAAAUGGUUUCACAAGGUAAAUCUUGACAUUUUGACACAUUGUGAUGUCAUGGAUGACAUCAAUAGGAAGAAUUCACUCCUAUAAAUAGGUAGUUCCUAAUUCAUUUGUAACACACCUCUCACUUGCCUUCUCAUCUUCAAAGGCAUUUGAUCUUCUUUCUCUCUUGUAGUAUUUCACUUGUACUCUUUUGGAGUGAAAUAAAUAUUGGUUGGUUGUGUCCGAGGAGUAGGAAAAAGAAAACAAAAGUUUGCCAAACCUCGUUAAUUCCUGGUGUUCUUUUUAUUGUUGUCUCAUCUACUAUUUAUUAGCUACCUUUAGAUAUAACAGUUGUGAUUUCAUCACUCUCUAUAUAUUCGGCUUUCGCAACAAGUUUAAUUCAUAAAGUCUGUAUGCAGUUUCAAUUUGUUUGUAUAGUAUGGAGUUGGGAUCUUUGUAACUAAAAAAUAUUUACGUGACAUGUUUAAAAUUAAAAGAUAUUUUAUAAUGUAAAUUUUUUAAUUUUUUUUUAUAUAUUAAUUUUUAUACCCAUUCAAACAUUAUAACAAUAAUGUACUCAAUGUAAUUUCAGAUAUGAACCUAAUGAGGGUAAAAUAUGUGUAGAUUUUAUGUCUACAUGUCUUAGAGGGUAGAGGUUCUAGGAAAAACUAGGAAGUUGCAUUAACUAGGAAGAAGAAAUUAGAAGAUAGUAGUAACAUGCGUAUUUGGCAUAAUUGCAUUAACUAGGAAGUUGCCAAAAAAGAGAAGGUGUAAUGAAGAAGACACGUGGUCAGAAAAGCAGAAAUGAAGGAGGUGUCCAAGUGUGUGUACACUUUGCCGAACAAAUCCUAAGCCUUUUUGCCCUCACACAAUACUGACGGUGCGGAGUUAUCAAUUAGCCCACACUAAUAUAUAUACUCACUCAAAAUAGAAGAAGAAAUAUUCACUUCAUUCAACAAAACACCAUUUUAAAAAAAAAGUUUAAGCCAUAAACCAACAACAAUGAGUACUGCUGGUCAGGUCAUUCGCUGCAAAGCUGCGGUUGCAUGGGAAGCGGGAAAGCCGUUGGUAAUUGAAGAAGUGGAUGUGUCACCUCCACAGAAACAUGAAGUUCGCCUCAAGAUUCUCUUCACCUCAUUGUGCCACACUGAUGUUUACUUCUGGGAAGCUAAGGGGCAAACACCUCUGUUUCCUCGAAUUUUCGGACAUGAAGCUGGAGGAAUUGUGGAGAGUGUAGGUGAAGGUGUAACAGAUCUCCAACCAGGAGAUCAUGUUCUUCCUGUGUUCACCGGAGAAUGCCAGCAAUGCCGUCACUGUAAAUCAUCAGAAAGCAACAUGUGUGAACUCCUACGAAUAAAUACAGACAGAGGAGUUAUGAUUAGUGAUGGUCAAACAAGAUUUUCCAAGGAUGGGAAGCCGAUAUACCAUUUUGUUGGAACUUCCACUUUUAGUGAAUACACCGUUGCUCAUUCUGGUUGCGUCACCAAGAUCGAUCCACAGGCACCACUUGACAAAGUUUGCGUCCUGAGUUGCGGAAUCUCAACAGGACUUGGUGCAACUCUGAAUGUUGCUAAACCUACUAGAGGUUCUACUGUGGCUAUUUUUGGUUUGGGAGCUGUUGGCCUUGCUGCUGCUGAAGGAGCUAGGCUAGCUGGGGCUUCUAGGAUCAUUGGCAUUGAUUUGAAUCCCAGCAGAUUCAAUGAUGCCAAGAAAUUCGGUGUCACAGAGUUUGUGAAUCCAAAAGAUCAUGAUAAGCCUGUCCAGGAGGUAAUCGCUGAGAUGACCGAUGGAGGUGCUGACCGGAGUGUAGAGUGUACUGGAAAUGUCAAUGCUAUGAUCUCCGCUUUUGAAUGUGUUCAUGAUGGUUGGGGUGUGGCUGUGCUUGUUGGCGUGCCAAACAAAGACGACGCAUUCAAAACUCAUCCCAUGAAUCUGUUGAAUGAGAGGACACUCAAGGGCACCUUCUUUGGCAACUACAAACCAAAAACUGACCUUCCAUCUGUGGUGGCCAAGUACAUGAAUAAGGAACUAGAGCUGGAGAAGUUUAUCACCCAUCAAGUACCAUUUUCAGAGAUAAACAAAGCAUUUGACAUUAUGCUGAAAGGGGAAGGCCUGCGUUGUAUGAUCACUAUGGGACAUUGAAAUAUGCUAAAUAGGGAGAAUAGGACAAUGUAUUAUCCCCUAUUACCUAGUAAAAAUUAUGUUAAGUAGAGUUUGAAGGCAAAGUAUGUGUGUUCUAAAAGGCCCGAGUUUGCUUAACAUAUUGUGUAAUAAACUACUAAUAUUUGCAUGUUU